AUGCGGGCUCUUUCAGUAUCCCGCAAUGGCGCCGCCAUCAUCUCCUCCCGCGCAGCCAGAUCAUUGCACAGCAGACCAAGCCACAACAGCGCCGAAGCAGCAGCCGCAGCACAGCCCGCCACACACGAAGUAGACUAUUCGCCCUCUGUGCUCCGUGAUAUCGCCGCGAGGCGGGCCAAGGCGGGCAAGCUGGUAGCAGGCAUUGCUGCAGCAUCUGACAGUGACAUGUUCAAGGGAUCGGUAACCGGGAAGCCAAAAGCGAAGCGAUGGGACGACCACCUGAGUGCAGAGAGCAAGUCAAGAGAGCCCUGCUCUCUUAAGCAAGCAGCCAAGCACCUAAAACAGCCAGGACUCAUCUCUCUCGGCGGCGGCUUGCCCUCCAGCGAGCUGUUCCCCCUCAGCGAAAUUGACAUGAAGGUUGCUAUGCCGCCUGACUUUUCGGAGAAGGCGACUGCCAGACACGGACAGAAUGUCACCAUUGGCAAGUACGACGUCCGCGAUCGUGAUGGCACCUAUGAUCUCUCCAUUGCGCUCAACUAUGGCCAGUCCACGGGCUCUGCUCAGAUGAUGCGGUUCCUGACUGAGCACACCGAGAUUGUGUGCAACCCGCCCUACGCCGAUUGGAGAAUCUGCCAGACUAUUGGCAGCACCGGAGCGUUGGAGCAGGCGCUGCGCAUGUUUUUGGACAAGGACCGUGGCGACUCGGUCUUGACGGAGGAUUUCAGCUUCUCAACGGCCUUGGAAACGAUUGCCCCCCUGGGCGUCAAGGCUUUUGGCAUCCCUGUCGACGAGCAAGGACUCAUCCCUGAAGCCAUGGACGAGCUUCUCACAAACUGGGACGCCAAGGCCAGGGGAUCCAGAAAGCCUCAUCUGCUGUACACCGUCCCCUCGGGCCAAAACCCAACCGGAGCAACCCAAGGCACGGAGAGAAGGCAGGCCAUCUACCGAGUUGCGCAGAAGCACGACAUCUUCAUCCUCGAGGAUGAGCCCUACUACUUCCUCCAGAUGCAGCCCUACACUGGCCGAGGCCAGCCCGAUGCUCCUGCGCCCAACAACGUCGAAGAAUUUGUUUCCUCUCUGAUACCCACGUAUGUCAGCAUGGAUGUCGACGGCCGAGUGAUGCGCAUGGACUCUCUCUCCAAGGUUCUUGUUCCAGGAUCUCGCAUGGGAUGGAUUGUCGCUUCAGAGCAGGUUGUCGAGAGAUACCAACGCCACGCCGAGGUCGCCAGUCAGGGGCCAAGCGGCUUCUCUCAAGUUAUUGUCCACAAGUUGUUGGAUGAGACCUGGGGUCACGAGGGCUACCUGCGGUGGCUGAUGAAUCUGCGACUUGAGUAUACCAAGAAGAGAGACGCAUUGCUGGCUGCUUGCGAAGACAACCUGCCGCGAGAUAUUGUGAGCUGGACGCCGCCUGCCGCCGGCAUGUUUCUCUGGUUCACUGUCGACCACACCAAGCACCCCAGCGCCGGCACUCGAAGCCUCCUGGAGAUUGAGCAGGAAAUCUUUGACUCGUGCAUCAAGGGCGGUGUGCUCGUGGCCCGAGGAUCGUGGUUCCAGACUGAGAAUGCCGGUCCCCUGCCGAGCUUGCACUUCCGUGCCACAUUUGCUGCGGCAAGCCCCGAGAACAUGAAUGCGGCGAUUGCACGAUUUGGCCAGGCUGUCAAGGAUAGCUUUGGCAGAAAAUGA